AUGGCUGGAGACGGCAAUGUUACCGUCGCCUCUAAUGUGCUGGGCACAAUUGGGACGGUCCUCUGGUGCAUCCAGUUGAUACCACAGAUUUGGUACAAUUGGAGGCGGAAGAAAACCGAUGGCUUUCCGCCAUUGAUGAUGCUUCUUUGGGCUUCCUGUGCCGUUCCGAUGGGAGCAUAUAUGAUCCUGCAGGAAGUCAAUAUACCGCUUCAGAUCCAACCGCAAAUCUUCGGCUUCUUUUCGCUUGUGAGCUGGGGCCAGAUAAUAUACUACAAUCAUGACUAUAGUUGCCUCAAAACGACGUUAUUGGUCGUAUGCACAGCGGUAUUGUUUGGCGGAAUUGAGACAUUGUUGAUUCUCACCUUAAGGAUACCGUACAAUAAGGGUGUGACCUGGCCGGAUCUGGUGGUGGGAGUCGUGGCAGCUAUCCUACUGGCGUCAGGGCUUGUGCCGCCCUACUUUGAACUUUGGAAGAGGGAUGGCCGAGUAAUUGGGUUCAAUUGGGUAUUUCUGUCUAUUGAUACCCUGGGAGGUCUUUUCUCGCUUUUUGCGUUGGCUGCGCAAGGGUCGUUCGAUAUCCUUGGGGGGAUCAUGUAUAUUCUGGUUAUAGUCCUGGAGGGAGGGAUCUAUGCAAGCCAUAUUAUCUGGCGUAUUCGGUAUCGAGCGGUGCGAAAAGAAGCCAAGUCCCUUGGCAAGAGCAUUGAUGAGAUGCUUGAGGAGCGGAAUGGUUUUCCGGUGACUCAUGAUGUCGAAAAGGUCAUUAUGACUCCUCAUCCGCAAGGAGCAGGCAGUCAUGAGCGUUUUGAGGGGAAAGUGAAUGCAACUGAUCUCGAAGGAGAAAUUCGAAGUGCAUGA